CCUCAUUAACUCGGUGAAGAAUAAAAAUAGUUCGAUUCUGACAGUGAUCGAUUCUCACCGCGGAUUAACUUACCAUCCCCUACAAACUCAUGAAAAUAAAGACGAAGCGUGAAUGAAAAUUGAGGGGAUAGACGCACUGAGAUAGAGGAUUAGCCGGCGAGAAGAUGGCGGUGGCUGUACUGCGGUGCGCAGUUUAUCCUUGUACGUUUCAGGAAAAAUCAUUUAGUGUUUCUCUGUUUCUACCUCAAAAAUAUAAGUUGACUCGUGCUGCCCAUCAUAAUGUCUCUUACAAUCCUUUGAUGAAAAAAGUAAUUGCUCAAUGUGGGAUGCGUGACAAGGCAAAGAAGCAAAUGAUUGUUGUCAAGGAGCAGUUACAAAACUCUCUGCCUGAUUCUGUUAAAAACUUCCCGUGGAAAAAAGCAGAACACCAAGCAUUGCAACGAUUGUUGUCCUUUGGCGGAGAAGUAUUUAAAUGGUCUUUCAUAGCGUGGUUCUUCUCGAGCUUUUUGUCAGACAUUAUAGCAACUAUAUCUAGGAAUCAGGAACUGUUGGUGCCUUUCGGUCUACUUUUUGGGUGCUUGAUUGCUGACUUCAUCAAAGUAACAUCUGAAGAGGUGUUUCAACUAAAAGAGGCGCAAGGUAUCAACUGGAAUUUUCUGGGCACUGCUUGUGUUUUCGUUGUCCUCAAGUUAAUCUCUGCGUCAUUUGUGAAUCCAACCUGGAUAUUCCUUUUGCAUGUUGCAAAUGGUGGCUUAAUGCAGAUCUUGUGGUCACGGUUUGGAUAUCAAGUACAGGAUGUAAAGUUAAGUGAGGAUGCCUGAAGCCUGAAAUGCCAUUUUCUAGACAGAGCACAACGUACUCACACACUAUAGGCCUGAAAUUUAAUUAUUGAAGGUGAUUUGCCUGGAAAAGGAGCGGAAGUUGCCAGAGACGAUAUACAAGGCAGAAAUGGAUGCAAGUCGUUUUGAACUCUGUUUUAAACUCAAUUUGUUGGACCUUUAUGUUAAUCUCACGAGGUGUUCUGAACUUUAUUUUCUUGUAAUCUAUUAGGGAGAUAGUUCUGUUAGUUGAGGUUGUGUACAUCCAAUUCCCCAAAACCCACCCUAAGUUGGAGACUAGGAGCCACUUAAUGGCAUUUGGGUAGUGAAAUACUGGAAUGUUAUGUUC